AUGGGGUCUUCUAAGCGCAAGAUCCAGGAGCCCGACGAAGAUUUCUAUUCGGUCCGCGGCAUCUUGAACGAGAACAAGACCAAGUACCUGGUCGACUGGGACGACAUUGGCUCCCAGACCUUUGAGCCUACUUGGGAGCCCAAGGCCAACGUCACCGAAGCCGCAAUCCAGGAGUGGGAAGAAGAGAAGAGACAGAAGAAACAGAACGAGGAAAAGAAGAGAAAGAGAAAGAGUACCGACCGUCCUGCUUCGUCGAACGAAGUCAGUGAAGUCAUCCAGAUCGACAAUGUCGAUCAAGAGUCAGAAGUUGAGCGACCACUCAAGGUCACAAAGGCUUCCGCGUCGAAGCCUCCUGGAUCAAAGCCUCGCAUCCUGCUGAAGUACGGAAAGAGGCAGACAAACCCUGCCGUCGAAGUCACACCCACGAAGCCGACUGGAUCUGCAAAGAGAAAGCCGGGCAGACCACGCAAAUCUCUACCUGAUACUCCCGACGCACAGCCAAGCAGACCACAUAAACCAGUCAUCGAAGACAUUCCUGGUGUACAGGCAGGAGAUGACGACGAAGACGACAUCACUCCCAAGCCCCUCAAACGAGGCCGCGGACGACCUAGAAAGUCGCUCCUCGUGCAAGUUGUCCAAAAGGAGAAAGAGCAGCGUGACAAUGGAGAGGGCCCAUCGAGACUGGCCAAGACAAGCCCUCUGCAGAGGGCACCAGAUCGCGCUCUGCACCAACCACGCUUGCGUCUUGUCAACAACAGGAAGAAAGUGGUCAAUGUUUCUUCAGAUGACGAUGAAGACGUGCCUCUCAAAGGUCUGAAGCACAAGAGACCUGUCAUCUCUGAUUCUUCAGACGUCGAAGUACAACACGCCAGGGAGGGUGCCCAACCCACCGCUGCCCCUAAGAGGGGAAGAGGAAGACCUAGAAAGUACCCUCGUCCAGAAAGCGCUGCACCGAGCCCUAUGACUCCAGCUGUUGUUUCUCGCCUUGAUCCUGAAGAGGUUGGUACGACUGAAAUCGAAGACAGUGAGAUGUAUGACGCUGCUGCUGCGCAGUUGCAGCGCGAGACACGAUCUGCCCGUAAGCAAUCGCCGGCUCAACAACCAUCGGCUGAUCAACAAUCUUCGCCUGGCCAACAAUCUGUGCGCGAUCAACAACCCUCGCCGGAGUUCGACGAAGGCGUUAGCGACUUCCGCUCGUCGCAGAUUAUUCGAGGCACGCAACCAGAGCCGCAUCGUGCUGAAGAACAGACCUCCAGUUUUGGGGAGCUCACAGAUUCUCAGGUCAUGGUUGAUGCUGCUGCUGCAUCGAGCCUGUCCGCAAAGAACUCUCCUUACGAACCAGGAGCUAUUUCUGGGUCUACUUUUGUCAACAGUACAGUCAACAGCUCGUCGAGUGUCCACACACUACCAAUUCCACUGGCACGUCGCUUCAGAGCUGAUGCUGUGAUCCCCGACUCUCAAAGUUUCCUCGACGCGAGUAGCGUGCACAUAUCAGAGCAUCGUGUUGAAGCAGAGCAAUCUAACCAAGUGGAAAGUUUCGAGGACGCUACAACAGAGAGUCAGAUUGUUGUUGAGCCUGAAGAAACCCACCAGGUGGUUGCCCAAGAUCAUCCUGUUCCUGAGAGCAGUAUGGUACAGGUAAGAAUCAUCCUUCCAUCCGUCCAUCCGUCCAUCCAUCCAUCACUAUUUUGUUAUGCAUCUUCUUUAUCUAAUCGAUCUUAUCGCGACAACGCGAUUUGGCGCGUCUUGAUUGGCUCGGCUAACUUUCCUCUUCAGGAACCUGAGGAUGCCCCACAGUUGGACGUCGCUGCUGCUGCAACUCAAAGCGAACCAUCACUUGGUCUAUCAACAAGAAACAUUAUCGCUACAGCGGUGGCAUCAAGUCCCAUUGCUCAACUUGUUGCUGCGCACGUCUCUACACGUUCUCCAUCACCGGUAUCUUUAGGCGCUGUGCGCUCAAGUUCUACCUCGUCUGCACCACCGACGGAGGCUGCCGAUAAAUCUACUCAAUCGCAAUCACAGUCGCAGUCCCAACCUCAUCAGCAUUCUUCAUCGAAAUCCCAUUCGAAGAGCGAGGCAUCGGUUCAGGUACCCUCAUCUUCUGCUGUACCCAACCAGGAAUCCAGCCAGAACACAACAUCUGUUCAGGCUCAGGCGACCAUCACCCAGCAAAGUCACGUGGAUCAAGCUGCCCAGCAGAUCUCCUUCCAACUCCAACAACCUCCCAUUCAGCAAAUCGCGCCAUUCGAAUUUGCACAGAGUUCUGCUGAAGAAGCUACAACAUCUUCUCUGGGGUUUGCUACCCAGAUUGCGCCUGUCCAGCAAGCACCCGCUCCCGGAUCACCUGCUCAGCCUGCUUCGGUACAAGACAUAUCCGUCUCAUCAAGUCCUAUCGCUUCUCCACCAUCGAACCUGCCGAACACCAUUGGUGAAUCUGCUCCUUCGCUUAUCAAGAGCGUGUCCAAUCUUGAGCCCAAUCGUGAGCAGUCUAGUCGUGAGCAGACCCCAGCCUCCGAUAUGACCUCCAAUACCAACCCCGAUGGUACCCCAGUGAGAGUGUCGGUACUUGCAAAAAUUAGGGCAAUGAAAGCUGCGAGCGCUGCCAAAUUCGAGGCUGAUAUGGCAGCCGAACGUGCCGCUUUCGCUGCCCGCCGUGCUGGUGCAAGUACUCCUGUCCCUUCCCGCGUUGCUGCACCUCUCCUAGACACACAUUCGCCCAAGCCCGCAUCUGCAAUUCCGGCAAGACUCAUGUCGCCUGCUGCUGGUGAUCGUGAGGCUCGCUCACCCUCAACUGUCCCUCCAGUCGAGAUCAUUCCGGAAGAGACACCCGAAGAAUACUCUCGCUCUGAGCGCUACGAGACUCUGCUGCCCGGACAAGGUCCGCAGAUCAACGCCGACACUUCGCGUCCAUAUGUCUCGCACGAUGUCACCAUGCCUGAUGCCUCUAUCGAUGCCAACCUUGACGACAACCAGCAUCUAAUCUCGCUGGACUUUGGUGUGUUGCAGAGGGAUCACUACAAAUGUGCCUUCGACACCGACAAAGCCAUGAUCGAGGGCUUUACCAUGCACAAGGUUUGGCCAGCCGGUUCUGAACUUGCUGAAAAGGCUCGUGAAUUCAUUGCUCAGCUCCACUGCAUCGUCAACCACCUCGAUCUCAAUAACCCUGGCGCAUCUCAAUCUUCUCAGACCACUCAAUCUCUCCAAGCUGAUUGGGACAUGACCAUGAGUUCCAAAUUCAGAUUCUUGAAGAGUCUCCUGGAGGCUGCCAAGCGUGACAACCUCCAUGUUGCUUUGCUUGUCGACCAGGGUAGACUUGCUGGUAUACUCCAGAGCUUCUUGCAGGGCAUCAGCAUCAUGUACAACGUCAUCGAUGGCCAAGACAACGUGAUCAACCAGGAAUCUACAGCAACUAUCCUGUUGACCAGUGUCGAGUUUGUCGAUACAGCAUCACUGGACAUGGAUAUGGUUGUUGUCAUUGACGGAUGCAUGCCCAAGGACACCAUCACGCGCACUCAGAAGAUGCUCUCUCGCGACAUGCUCAUUCCUACAGUCUCGCUCGUUAUUCCUUGCUCUAUCGAGCAUGCCGAGCGUUGCCUUCUCCCUACCAUGUCUGAAGCAGAGCGCCUUCACGUUCUCAUCAGCACUGUCACUGGCGAGAGAUCGAAUGCUGGCUGGCAAAGCGGUGGUACCGACACCGAUUUUGAGCACAAGGCAUCUGAAAUCAUCUCUUGGAUCCUCAAUCCUGAUGCGGCAGAUUGGCCUUUCUACGGCCUGCCCGAGUUGCAGUUGAUCGAAGCGAUCUCAAGUCAACCUACCUCAGAAGAUGAACUCAUGCUCGGCGCCGAUGGCAGCUCCAAUAAACGUCAAUUAAACCACGAUGAAGUCCCCUCAGCAAAGAGAGUCCGUGUUGAUGAGUCUCUUCCCNUAACCAUUAACCCUGCCGAUAUGCACAUCAAACCUGGCACAUUGCCUGUAUCGAACUCGCACGUCAGCGAUUCUGUGACAGCUUCGCAACAUGCCGCAUAUGUCGCCACUCUUCAACAACUCAGCCGUGCCCAGGCGGAAGUCCGCGAGCAUGUGCAAGCCAUGGAGAGAUUGCAAUACGACUCUGAAGAGCAGCGCGCUCAGAUGGUGCAAGCCCAGAAGGAGCGUAACGAGGCUCUGCAGAGAGAGGAGAGACUGAGCAAGUCAAACAUCGAUCUCAGAGCCAAGAACACCUCGCUUCGUGAUGAGGUCCUGGACUUGAAGAAGCAGCUGGAGACCGCUAGAGCUGCAUUGGCCAAUCACACAGUCCCUGAACGCGCUGAGCUUGAGAAGAGCAAGGCAGAAACUCUUGCCGCCAUGGCCGAGCACGAGAAGGAAGCUAAACGCGCCAAACAGCUUGACGAGGCAUACGACUACCUACGCGAACAGUACCAGAACAGCUCGAACUCGAACACCGAGCUCACCAACACCAACGCUGCGCUUGAGCAACGCAUCGCUCAUCUCGAAGUCAGGGCUUCCGGCGAGCAAGCCAGACUCAAAGUCAUCAACAACGACACGCUCAGAAACAACUACGAAGACACGAUCAAGAAGCUCACAGUCACAGUCACAGAAAGAGAAGGCACCAUGCAACGCAUGAGCGACGAAGUUGCUCGCUUGCGCGAGCCCCGUGGUCGCGUCGGCACCCGCACCAGCAGUAUCCCUCGCAGCCCUCGUGGCGGUACCCGCGAGCCACUGAGUCGUCAGGGCAGUCCUUCGGUGCAGCGCCCUCAUCCUUUGAGACAGACGGAUUAG